UUGUCAUUAUUAUUGUUUAAAGUAAAGAGUGAUUUUAUUUAAUGAAAAUAUCAAGGGGAUUAUAAACACAUAAGAUGCAAAAUAUCUUACGAGCCUACACAUUCAGAAGCAAUAGCCAAUAGAAAACACCAAAGCUUUACUCAAGUGGGUCCCCCUCUCUCACAUUUUUUGUUAUUAUUUAUUUUAAGUUUUUGACAGUCCAAAUAAUAUCAUACAACUGCCACGUUACCCCUUCCCGCUACAGUAUGCGCGUCCAUUAUUUAUUUACGGUGCCGCCUCAUCCUUCCAAAAAAAGAAAAAUCCCCCCUCCCCGCUACCAUUUUCAUUUCUUUUCUUCUCUUUCGAACAACAACAACACACACCUUUUAUGGGAUGGAACCCAACUCCGGUAACAACGACAUUGUUGCUCCUUUUGUUCUCAAAACUUAUCAAAUGGUCAACGAUCCCCUCACCGACCCUUUCAUCUCUUGGGGCUCUGCUAACAACAGCUUCAUCGUUCUUGACCCUCUCCAUUUCUCACAUACUCUCUUACCUGCUUUUUUCAAACAUAAUAAUUUCUCCAGCUUCGUUCGUCAACUCAAUACUUACGGGUUUCGGAAGGUAGAUCCAGAUAGAUGGGAAUUUGCAAACGAAUGGUUUCUACGAGGUCAAUUUCAGUUACUGAAAAACAUUGUGAGGAGAAAACAGAGUUGUAAUAAGUAUUUGGUUGGGGAUCAGAUGGGGGAUGAGGAAUUAGUCACUGAAAUUGGUAGACUGAGAAAAGAACAGAGGGCUCUGGAAGAACAACUUGAAGGGAUGAAGAAACGUCUUGAAACAACUGAGAAACGGCCACAACAGAUGAUGGCUUUUCUUCAUAAAGUGGUGGAAGACCCUGAAAUUCUUCCAAGGAUCAUGCUUCAUAAAGAUCCAACUCGGCUUCAAUUUGCAGAGAAGAAACGGCGGUUGAUGAUUUCGUCUUCUUCCUCUUCCCCUUCCACCACUACGCUGACGGAAGGAGAUGAAAUAGAAGAGGACAGUAAUAAUCAGCAGGAUUUCGGGCCUAAUUUAUCGUCGCCGGAGGUUUGUGGGCCUUGGUUUAUAGGGGAGGCGGAGGGUAAUUUGGGGAUUCCGAUUCCUACGGUGCAGGCGAUUGAUAUAGGGAUAAGUAGUAACGGCGGAGAGAGAAAGUAUUUGACGGAAAUGACAGUGGAGGAGACUUAUCCACCACCACCGCCUUAUCCAUUUUCUCUUUUCGGGUGUGGCUUUUAGUAAUUAAUUACCUUCACAAUUUUAUUUUUCUUUAUUAAUAGUUCCUUCUCACUUUUCCUUCUCUUUUUUCUCUUUUCUCUUUUUCCACUAUACAUUAUUUGUACAUACACCAUAUGUAAAUCUCCAAUUUAAUUCUUCAAAAAUAAUAAUAAUAAUAAGAUUACUUUUUAAUUA